GUUGUGAUCCUGCCACCCUCUUCAGUCUCCCCUCAAUCUUCCACCUGUUCCUGUAGGUGGCUGAACCUUCUGCUUCAGGGCCCUGACGGGUCAGCUUGGAGUUUGGACAUGAAUGCAACUGAGUUACUGGCCCAGCCCUUGUCUUCCACUUUUCCCCUGAAGUUUUUUUUUAAUUCUGUGCUGGCAAGUAAUAGGGGAAUAAGUGUUCCCUGAAAUAAAAGCUGCAUUUGUAGAACCUGCGGUAUUUUGAUUCCCUCAGUCAGCCAGGAUAGUCUCAUUACUCCCUACAUACAGAAGAGAGAGAGAAAAAAACCAUGUCUAACAAAAUAGCCCUAUGCUAUAUCCCCUUUUUGGCCCUUAUGACUUGCCUUAAAUCUCACUGUCCUCAGGUUGCCCUCAGUUCUAAGAUGUCUAAGAACUCAGAUGUCUAGAAGUAAAUCCACCUUCAAGUCCAGACUGCAUAGAACCUCAUUCCCCAGAAACUUAUUGGUCACCCCACUGGACCCCAUGUAGGAGGGAACAGAAAUGGGGUGAGCUCAUGCAUAUGUUGAGUCAGGAAUUUCAUUUGGGGCUGGGUAUCUGUCAUCAUGCUAAGCUUCUCUGUUGGACUUUACUUCUGACCCUUCCUCCAAUCUAAUCCAGCUAUUAGAGAGUCUUCAGAUCUUGGAAUUGGUGAGGCAAUAUGUUGUCAUUAACAACGCGUUCUCUGCUGUGGUAGGUAGGAAUACCUCCCCACCAAACUGUACCCCCCCUCCCCCAAAUAAUAGAAAAAGGAUGACCAAGUACAAUGAAAAGAACCCUGAGCUUGAAGUCAGAGGGCCUGGGUUGGAACUCUGCUAGUUCAGUUACUUACCUGGGUGACUUUGGCCAAGUCACAAGGUCUUUGGGUUUCAUCUAUAAAAAGAAGGGGUUGAACUAGAUGACUUUUCAGGUCUCUUCCCAUUUUAGAAAUCUGAUAUCCCAUGAUCCUGUGGAAUUCCCUUCAGGUACAUAUUGGCCAUAUUUGUUAAAUCCACCUUGUGGGACAUUCGGCUGUGGGUGGAUCAGAAUGUUGAGAGUCAUCAGAGAAGGGGGAAUGGGAGGGUGAUCUUCUUGACUUUAAUGAUGACAGGAGCAGUAAGUAGUAUACUGAUAUACAUUUUUCUAAGUAGCUGAAACCAUCUCUCCAUUGCUAUUGUUGUAAACAUAUAGACAUCUCCCCUUCUCCCUACCCUCUCUGCCUCUUUGUCUGGUUAUUUGGGUUGUUGAUAUUCUUAGUUUCCUUUCCACAUAUGGAUCCCAGACCACUUUCAGUGAGUCAGUCUCAGCCUCCCUAACAGCUUAAUUGGGGUGGAAGAUUGAGAGAAAUGUGCAGAGAUGAUUGAAGAAAUGGGACCGUAUUAGAUUGCGAGACAGGUGAACUGCCCCUUUCCCCUCACUAAGGAGGAGGAAUGGAUAUGUCUCAUUGAGAAGUUACACUGAAGUCCUUGAAUUGUGUUUAUCCCCUGUCUCAGUUUUGAGCCUAGAGUUCCAUCUGCUUGAAGUGUUUAUAAAAGGACAAAAAGCCCCUCUUGGUAUAUUCAGAAUGUAGAUGCUCUAUGAAGAUUUGGGGAACAAUGAUAUGAAUAGUUAAGAGUUGAAGCCAGUAGCGUAAGGCUUCUAAAGCUGAGCCUGGAAUAGAUAGAAAUGAGGUAGUAUUUGGCUUUCAAAGUGGAGGAGGGGCAAGUUGUAGUCUGUCUUUUCUCUAAUUAACCCUCUAAAAUCUCCUGGAAAAGGGCUGGAAAUAGAGGCUGAGUUACCCCUCCUGUAAGCUUAGCUGCUACUAUACUGAACAUAGGUGAAGGGGUGGGGAUAGGCAUCUGUUACCUCAGCCAGUUGUGACUGAAGAGAUUUGGGGGAGGGAGGGCAGGGUCCAAUACUGCCCCAGGCCUUUUAGUUUCCAAUUUCUCUGUGUCAGCUGUGUUGCUCAGCUGUCCACUCUUCUCUAGCCCUGUCACUUAAACUGUGACGCUGAAGGGAGAGGCCAGGUCUGCAAACACCAGCUGGGGAGACGUGAGCAUCAAGGGUAUUUUGGGGGUAUAAAGCCCCUCAGGCGAGAGGACAGAGCCUUCCUUUUCCAUCCCUAUACAACACCAACACAAGCUUCCUAACCUGGCAUCCUCUUUCCUCCACUGGCUGUGGACUGACGUAGGGAGUCCCAAACGUAAGUUGCCUUUUCCUACUAGUUACCAGACCAUGGCUGCUUGGGUUCCCCCACCCCUCAGCCAAUUUACCUCUCCCAUUUUCCUCCCCUGGCUAUUAAGAAUUUGGGGUGUACUGAUUCCAGCUAUUUCUUUCCCUGAAGAAAGAGUUGGGAUCAGGAAAGAGGUUGGGGAAUUAAUGUCCAGGGAAUAGAGUAGUAGAGGAGGGAGGUCAUAUUACAUUGAAAACUUAAAAAUAGCUAACCCCCAAAGCAGGCUGGGACAGGAUCUGACAUGGAGGUAGUGUUAAAACCUACUCCCAUCCCCAGAGAAGAACAAUAACCCAGAGUUGAGGGGACCUGGAAUUCUCUACCUCUCUACUCCAAAGUGAGAAUUUGUGGGAGGAGGGAAAGGAAUUCAGGAAAAGAUUACAUGGGGUCGUGCCUAUAGCCUUGAAGAAAAGAAAAAAGCCUCUAAGGAGUCUUCACCCCUCCCUAAAAUGAGAAGUUUCUGUCUUAAUGGAACUUCUAUAUGGGAAUGGAGAUAGCCUGCCUCUGUAAUCUUCCAGUCUGAGCCAUUUAUGGAGUCUCCUUGUUUAGGCUUCUUUGUUUAUUUCUCAUUCUGGAAGAGAGGAAUAGAGACCCACUUUGUGUGUCUCUCACCUUAAGAUACCUGCAGUUCUCUUCCCAAAGCUCUAUUUGUCCUAUUUCAGAGGAUGACAGAAAAGGAAGUCCUGGAUUCUCCUAAAUCCUUCACAGCGGAAACACCAAAGAGUGGGCUACAGAGGCUGAAGCAAUUAUUCAGGAAGGAGACAGUAGAAAAAAAGGAGAUGGAGCUCCCCCCUGAGCCCCAGGCCAAUGGGGAGGCCGUAGGGGCUCAAGGAGGACCCAUCUACUACAUCUAUGAGGAGGAAGAAGAGGAAGAAGAGGAAGAGGAGAAGGAACCGCCCCCUGAACCCCCUAAGCCUGUCAAUGACAAGCCCCACAAGUUCAAAGAUCAUUUCUUUAAGAAGCCCAAAUUCUGUGAUGUCUGUGCCAGAAUGAUUGUUCUUAACAACAAAUUUGGGCUGCGGUGCAAGAACUGCAAAACCAAUAUCCAUGAACACUGCCAGUCCUUUGUGGAGAUGCAGAGAUGCUUUGGCAAGAUUCCCCCUGGUUUCCGCCGUGCCUAUAGUUCUCCACUCUAUAGUGACCAGCAAUAUGCCUGUGUCAAGGACCUACUCUCCAACCGAAACGAUCCCGUUUUUGAGACACUUCGAACUGGAGUGAUCAUGGCAAACAAAGAGCGGAAAAAGGGACAAGCAGACAAGAAGAAUCCCCUAGCAGCUAUGAUGGAGGAGGAGCCAGAAGCCCCCAAAACUGAGGAAGGAAAACCCCAAGCUGGAAAUCCAGAGGGAGACAAGAAGACCGACAAGAAGACUGCUGAAGACAAAAACAAGCAGCCUGGAUUCCAGCAGUCUCAUUACUUUGUGGCUCUCUAUCGGUUCAAGGCUUUGGAAAAGGAUGAUCUGGACUUCCCACCUGGAGAGAAAAUCACUGUCAUUGAUGACUCUAAUGAGGAAUGGUGGCGGGGCAAAAUUGGGGAGAAGGUUGGAUUUUUUCCCCAAAACUUCAUCAUUCGAGUCAGGGCUGGUGAACGGGUACACCGGGUGACUAGAUCCUUUGUGGGAAAUCGUGAAAUUGGGCAGAUAACACUCAAGAAGGACCAGAUUGUGGUGCAGAAAGGGGACGAAGCUGGUGGCUAUGUCAAAGUCUACACUGGUCGAAAGGUGGGACUAUUUCCCACUGACUUUCUGGAGGAAAUUUAGGGGUGCAGGUGCCCUCAAUUAAUCCAGGAUCAUUUUAUUCAGUGCCUACUAUGUGCCAGGCACUAUGUGAUUUACAAAGAUAAAAACAAAAGGCCCUGCCCUCAAGGAGCUUUCCUUCUUUCUAGGAGGAAAUAAUCUCAAAAACUAUUUGGGGCAGUAGGAAGGGGUAGCAGUUCAGCUCAGUUCAGGGGCAGCUCAAUUCAAGCUGGGGCUAUCUUCUAAGAGGGCUGGUUCCCCCUUAAACUCACCUCCCUAGUGUGAGACUUGCUGAACUGGGCAUGCAGGGACACCUUUUCCCCAACAAGAACUUUCCCUCUGAAGCUUCUUCCCUGAACUUGCACAUUGAAGAUUGAUGCUGGGGAGAAGUAGGAAAAACCUCUUUUAGGUUUAGUAGAUGGGGAGGAGGGAAUCACAGGAGACUUAAGUUGCAAGUAAAGCCCUUUAAGUUCAUUAAAGUUUUGUGGGGAAAGGGUUGGAAAAAUUUGUUUCUUUAAAUUUAGGGUCUUUUUUUUUUUUCUUUUUUAAAUCUUUGUUACAAGGCAAGAAUUGCCUGAAAGGAGGACAGUAAUCUAUUCAGAAAUGAGAUUGUUGUAAAAACAAGCUAUUAAUUAAAAAUAAUUUUCAAAAAGUUGAACUGGCAGCUUUAAAAAAUAAAUUUGAAAGUGGAAAAAACUA